AAUUUAAUUAGUUGGCAACAGUAAAUCAUUAAUAGGGAAUUUGCUCGUGUAAAAUCAGUCGGUCUGUGUCCUUUUCAGUUCAUAACGUUGUUGCAGAAACACGUGGUGAAGAGUGUGAUUAUUGAAUUUAAAGCGAAGUACGAAAGUAAUUACAAUGCCUCUUGCUAAAGAUUUUCUUCAUCCAAGUCCAGCUGAAGAGAAAAGGAAGCACAAAUUAAAAAGACUUGUACAAAAACCAAAUAGUUAUUUUAUGGAUGUGAAAUGCCCUGGAUGUUAUGCCAUCAAAACCAUCUUUUCACAUGCACAGAGAUCGGUAGAAUGUGAUGGAUGUCGUACAAUAUUAUGCACAUCUACAGGUGGCAAAGCACGUUUAACAGAAGGUUGCUCAUUUAGGAGAAAGGUCCAAUGUUAAUGUAACCACGAUUAAGGCAACAUAAUGAUAUACACAGACAUUUCUCUUUAUAUUCAAUAAAUAAACAGAAUUAUUGUAAAAAUUAACAAAA